CGGUGCGGGGAACAGAAGCACUGUCUCAGAGCAUUCUGGCUGCAGUGGGGAGGGAGACCUGGCAGGAGUUCCCUGCAGGGGGUAGGGGACCCUGGCAGCAGCAACUCAGGACACAGGAAGCAGGAGGGCACUGUUGAGGGGAAGCCCAUACCAACCGGAGUGGACAAUAUCCUGGAAACUUUCACUCCAGAAGUACUCUCUGAAGAAUCAUUGCAGGAGCCUGAGCCAGUGGAGGACUGUGUCCAGAGCACGCUUGCCGCCCUCUACCCGCCCUUUGAGGCGACGGCCCCCACACUGUUGGGCCAGGUGUUCCAGGUGGUGGAGAGGACUUAUCGGGAAGAUGCACUGAGGUACACGCUGGACUUCCUGGUACCCGCCAAGCAUUUGCUUGCCAAGGUCCAGCAGGAAGCCUGUGCCCAGUACAGUGGUUUCCUCUUCUUCCAUGAGGGCUGGCCUCUCUGCCUGCACGAGCAGGUGGUGGUGCAGCUAGCAGCCUUGCCCUGGCAGCUGCUGCGCCCGGGAGACUUCUACCUGCAAGUGGUGCCCUCAGCAGCCCAAGCACCCCGCCUGGCACUCAAGUGCCUGGCCCCAGGGGGUGGGCGGGUGCAGGAGCUGCCUGUGCCCAAUGAGGCCUGUGCCUACCUAUUCACACCCGAGUGGCUACAAGGCAUCAAUAAGGACCGGCCAACAGGUCGCCUCAGCACCUGCCUACUGUCUGCGCCCUCUGGGAUUCACCGGCUGCCCUGGGCUGAGCUUAUCUGCCCACGAUUUGUGCAUAAAGGGGGCCUCAUGGUUGGACAUCGACCAAGCACGCUUCCCCCAGAACUGCCCUCCGGACCCCCAGGGCUCCCCAGCCCUCCACUCCCUGAGGAGGCCCUGGGCACCCGGAGUCCUGGGGAUGGGCACAAUGCCCCUGUUGAAGGACCUGAGGGCGAGUAUGUGGAGCUGCUGGAGGUGACGCUGCCUGCGAUGGGGAGCCCCACGGAUGCUGAGGGCUCCUCGGGCCUCCCCAGGACCAGGACGGUACCCACCCGAAAGGGUGCUGGAGGAAAGGGCCGGCACCGGAGACACCGGGCGUGGAUGCACCAGAAGGGUCUGGGGCCUCGGGACCAGGAUGGGGCACGUCCACCUGGUGAGGGGAGCAGCAUCGGAGCCUCCCCUGGGUCUCCCCUGGGAGCUGAGGCACUCCCAGAGGCAGCAGCCCUGGAAGUAUCUGAGCCCCCAGCAGAGGCGCUGGGGGAAGCCUCUGAAUCUUGCCCCCUGAGGCCAGGGGAGAUUGGAGGAGGAGCAGGCCAGGGGGCUGAAGGACCGCCUGGCACUCCUCGGAGAACAGGCAAAGGAAACAGGAGAAAGAAGCGAGCUGCAGGCAGAGCCGCUCUUAGCCGAGGAGGGGACAGUGCCCCGCUAAGUCCUGGGGACAAGGAAGAGACCAGCCACCAGGAAGCCCUUGUCAGUCUGUCCCCACCAAAUGAGCACAAGCUUCUAGGAUGCAGCCCGGCUAAGGAGGAGCACAAAGGCUCGGGGAAACCAGGGUCUGAGCCGAAAGAGGAACUCAAACCAGCAGAUGAAAAAGAACCUCGGUCCCCAGAAGCCUGUGGGCCUGCAGAAGAGAGGGCCAGAAAGAGAGAGCAGGAGGGGCCGAGCCUGGUGUCCAUGGCAGGACCCACAGGUCCAGAAGAGCUCCUGUCUGACCCCCUAAUACCACCCCUGGAGACUGUGCAGGAAGCAAAAGGGGACAGCAUCUCAGAAAAGGCCCCUGCAGUCUCCAUCUCUGAUGACCCUGAUGUAGCUUGGGACUUGAUGGCAUCUGGAUUCCUUGUCCUGACUGGAGGGGUGGACCAGAGUGGGCGAGCUCUGCUGACCAUUACCCCACCGUGCCCUCCUGAGGAGCCCCCACCGUCCCGAGACAUGCUGAGCACUGCUCUUCAUUACCUCCACUCACUGCUCAGGCCUGAUCUACAGAUAGUGGGGCUGUCCGUCCUGCUGGACCUUCGCAAGGCACCCGCACUGCCUCCAGCACUCAUUCCUGUCCUGAGUCAACUUCAGAACUUGGGAGACCCUCCCCUCGUUCAGCGGCUACUGCUUCUCACCCAUGAUGGCCUUCCAACUGAACUCCAUGGAUUUCAGGGUGCUGAGUUGCUGUCAGAGAAUGAUCUGAAAAGAGUGGCCAAGCCAGAAGAGCUGCAGUGGGACUUGGGAGGUCACAGGGAGCCCUCUCCCAGCCACUGGGUAGAGACACACCAGGAUGUGACAAGGCUGUGCCGCCUGUGUCGGGGUGUGCUGGGCUCUGUACGUCAAGCCAUUGAGGAGCUGGAGGGAGCAGCAGAGCCGGUGGGAGAGGAAGCAGUAGGAAUGCCUGAGCCCCUACAGAAGGUGCUGGCGGAUCCCCGGCUGACGGAGCUGCAGAGAGAUGGGGGAGCCAUCUUGAUGAGGCUGCGCUCCACCCACAGCAGCAAGCUGGAAGGCCCAGGCCCAGCUACACUGUAUCAGGAGGUGGACGAAGCCAUUCACCAGCUCGUGCGCCUCUCCAACCUGCACGUGCAACAGCAGGAGCAGCGGCAACGCCUGCACAGACUCCAGAAGGUGCUGCAGUGGCUCUCAGGCCCAGGGGAGGAGCAGCUGGUGAGCUUCGCUGUGCCCGGGGACUCCCUGUCUGCCCUGCAGGAGACAGAGCUACGAUUUCGAGCUUUCAGUGCUGAGGUUCAGGAGCGCCUGGCCCAGGCACGGGAGGCCCUGGCCCUGGAGGAGGACACAGCCUCCCAGAAGGUCCUGGAUAUUUUUGAACAGCGGCUGGAGCAGGUUGAGAGUGGCCUCCAUCGAGCCCUGCGUCUACAGCGCUUCUUCCAGCAGGCACAUGAAUGGGUGGAUGAAGGUUCCACAAGGCUGGCAGGAGCAGGGCCAGGUCGGGAGGCAGUGCUGGCAGCCCUGGCCCUGCGGCGGGCCCCGGAGCCCAGCGCCGGCACCUUCCAGGAGAUGCGGGCCCUGGCCCUGGACCUGGGCAGCCCAGCAGCCCUGCGAGAAUGGGGCCGCUGCCGGGCCCGCUGCCAAGAGCUGGAGAGGAGGAUUCAGCAACAGCUGGGAGAGGAGGCAAGUCCACGGGGCCACCGGCGACGACGGGCAGACAGCACCAGCAGCGGAGGAGCCCAGCGGGGUCCCCAAAGCCCUUCACCCAGCCUCAGCUCCCUGCUGCUCCCCAGCAGCCCUGGACCACGGGCAGCCCCAUCCCACUGCUCCCUGGCCCCCUGUGGGGAGGACUGUGAGGAGGAGGGCCCUGAGCUGGCUCCAGAAGCGGAGGGCAGGCCGCCGAGGACCGUGCUCAUCCGAGGCCUGGAGGUCACCAGUACCGAGGUGGUAGACAGGACGUGCUCGCCCAGGGAACACGUGCUGCUGGGCCGGGCCGGAGGCCCAGACGGGCCCUGGGGAGUAGGCACCCCCCGGAUGGAGCGCAAGCGAAGCAUCAGUGCUCAGCAGCGCCUGGUGUCCGAGCUGAUCGCCUGUGAGCAGGAGUACGUGGCCACCUUGAGUGAGCCAGUGUCUCCCCCCGGGCCUGAGCUGACCCCUGAACUGCGGGGCACCUGGGCCGCCGCCCUCAGUGCCCGAGAGAGGCUUCGCAGCUUCCAUCGGACACACUUUCUGCGGGAGCUUCAGGGCUGUGCUGCCCACCCCCUGCGCAUCGGGGCCUGCUUCCUUCGCCAUGGGGACCAGUUCAGCCUUUACGCCCAGUAUGUGAAGCACCGACACAAACUGGAGAAUGGUCUGGCUGCACUCGGCCCCCCAACCAAGGGCUCCAUGGAAAGUGGCCUUCACUUGCCGCGGGCCCUGCAGCAGCCCCUGGAGCAGCUGGCCCGGUACGGGAGGCUCCUGGAGGAGCUGCUAAGGGAAGCUGGACCUGAACUGAGUUCUGAGCGCCAGGCCCUUGGGGCCGCCGUGCAGCUGCUCCGGGAACAAGAGACGCGUGGCAGAGACCUGCUGGCCGUGGAGGCGGUGCGUGGCUGCGAGAUAGAUCUGAAGGAGCAGGGACAGCUCCUACACCGGGACCCCUUCACCGUCAUCUGUGGCCGAAAGAAGUGCCUUCGCCAUGUCUUUCUCUUUGAGCAUCUCCUCCUGUUCAGCAAGCUCAAGGGCUCUGAGGGGGGGUCAGAGACCUUUGUUUACAAGCAGGCCUUUAAGACUGCUGACAUGGGGCUGACAGAAAACAUCGGGGACAGCGGGCUCUGCUUCGAGUUGUGGUUUCGGCGGCGGCGUGCACGAGAGGCGUACACUCUGCAGGCAGCCUCACCAGAGAUCAAACUCAAGUGGACAAGUUCUAUUGCCCAGCUGCUGUGGAGACAGGCGGCCCACAACAAGGAGCUCCGGGUGCAGCAGAUGGUCUCCAUGGGCAUUGGGAAUAAACCCUUCCUGGACAUCAAAGCUCUUGGGGAGCGGACACUGAGUGCCCUGCUCACUGGAAGAGCCGCCCGCACCCGGGCCUCCGUGGCCGUGUCAUCUUUUGAGCAUGCCGGCCCCUCCCUUCCCGGCCUCUCACCGGGAGCCUGCUCCCUGCCUGCCCGCGUCGAGGAGGAGGCCUGGGAUCUGGACGUCAAGCAAAUUUCCCUGGCUUCCCCUCCAGCCCCAGAAACACUUGACUCUUCUGGAGAUGUGUCCCCAGGACCAAGAAACAGCCCCAGCCUGCAACCCCCCCACCCUGGGAGCAGCACUCCCACUCUGGCCAGUGGAGGGAUCUUAGGGCUAUCCCGGCAGAGUCACGCCCGGGCCCUGAGUGACCCCACCACGCCUCUGUGACCUGGGUGAGUCAGUACCCACUCUCCACAACAUCCAACACUCCUUCCCUCCUGCGUGUACCAUCCUUCCUUCCUUCCCCCAGCCGAAGCUUCUGCCCUCUCCCAACCCAUCUCCCUCUUCUCUCCUGGCUUCUAGAGAAGAUCCAGAACUUGGCUACAGCCGCUCCUCUUAGCACAGUUUGGGCUGGGAUGGCAAUGGGACAUAGUAGAGGACUGGAAGAGCGUUGAAUUCCUUCCCUCUGCUUCCUGGACAGAGGAGGUCAAAGGACCAGCGCGGUUCCCUGCUACCACUAUCUCUAGCUCUCCCCAGCUGGGUGCCUUCCUGCCGGAACCGGAGCAGCCACAUUUGCUUGCCUUCAUACCCUGGAGGUGGAGACAUUAUCCCUUGUUCAGUCCUUCCCCAUGCCGGGCCACUGCAUACUCGCAGGACACCGCUCCGUGUCAGCCCGUGUUCUCCACUUCUUCCCAGCCCUGACUCUCCCUCAGAAGACUCAUCUUUGCCAGGUCAACUGUAGUCCUUGGUGACUCCAUUCUGGGGUGUCACAGGAAGUGGAGCUAUGCAAACCAUUAUAGGAGGGUGGGUGGGGAAGUGCAGGCUUUAUAUAUGUAAUUACUGUUAUUCUAAUACUAUUGUCAUAUUAAAUGUAUUUACUCACA